AUGCGAAGGAUUAAGGACUUUUUGAACUCUUUUGAUUCUGCAUAUGUUCGAUUUCCAUUUACUCCUAAUGAUCAAAAUUCAACAACUGCACCAGAAAGAAGUCCAUCAGCCACAAUUUCUAGUUCGAAUCCAAGAACAACAACAAUUAAGCAAUCAGUGAUACAAAGCAGUCUUAUAGAGGUUAAAGCACCAACCCAAGAAACUGCAAAGCAAAUAGUUAAUUUUAUGAGAGAAGCAUGGAAAUUACCAAUACCACAACUGGUAAUUUCGGUAACAGGUGGAGCUAGAUUUUUUAAAAUAACAACAUUCGAGAUAAGAAAUGCAUUUCAAAAUGGAUUGAUAUCCGCUGCAUUGACUACAGGUGCAUGGAUAUUCACUGAUGGUACAAAUUCCGGUGUUAUGAAAGCUGUUGGUGAUGCCAUUGAUAAAUCACGUUACAACACAAAAAGACCAUCAAAAAUACCUUGUAUUGGAAUUGCUAGUUGGUAUUAUACAACUGAUUAUGAACAUUUGAUGCACGAUUUAGAGCAAGAUGGACAACAGAUAGAUGUUGCCAUCUCCGUAAGUGUUACGUCUAUUUCCGCAGAGGCAGUUUUAGCUAUUCUAGAUGUCAUUAGGCAUGUAUCGAUAUCAUACUAUCCGUGUCGUUUUUUGUCGCUAUCGAUGCCAGAUGAACAACAACCACGUAUCAUUAAAACUGAGAAAAAAGCAAAGCAAAGCAAAAACCAACAACGAAUCAAAUUAUACCGAAGUAGUCAACCUGUUUCAAGAAAAGGACCGCUAGAACCAGAAUGCGUUGAACAUCCACCGUCACUGCAAGCCACCACCGUGAGACCCACUAGCCCACCCAGUUCUCCGUCUCCUAAAAACAUUCAAGAAAAUAUUAUUGAAGAAAGUUGUUCAAUUGAUCUAAAUCAUACACACUAUUUAUUGCUAGAUGAUGGUAAUGGAUCAGGCUCAGAAUGGCGCGCUAAGUUUCCAAAAAAUGUGGCUAAUUGUCGUGCUGAUUUAAUAUUAAAACUACGUGCUGAAAUUGAAGGAGAAGCAAGUUUAACAAUAAGUCAAGGACAACGUCACAAAGUACCUGUGAUUCAAAUAUUAGCUGAAGGUGGUGCAUCAUCCGUGAAAACCGUCUGCGAAGCAUUAAAAACUGGAACAUAUUUAAUUGUUAUUGAAGGAACUGGUCGAGCAGCUGAUUUAAUUGCUGAAGAGUAUCGAUUUUUGUAUAAAGACAAAUCAGAACUUACGCUGACAAUCGUAAAAAAUUGUAAGCAAACUUUUUAUUUAUGUUUAAUGUGAAACCGUUCAAAAAUCUGUCUAUUACAGUAAAGAUAAAUAUAAAGACC